AUGAAAUUGCUGAAGAGCACCAACUUCCCCUACGCGUACAGACGACAUGCGAAGCUUCGCGCCCCGGAUGCUGCUGUGCGGACGUUGGCAAUCUCCACUGUUCUCGUCGCUCCAAAGGCCGAGUAUUUGGUCCUGAUCGGCGUGCCGUUCACGAUCCACCCGGUGUACUGCGGGAAUGCGUUGAGCCUCCGACGAAAUGAGAAAGAGGAUGGCAUCGCUGCUGCUGUUGUCGCUGCCGACGGCGUCAGCUCACGGACGUGCUUCUCUUCUGCCUCUGCGGCGCCGUGGGCCAGUGAUGGGUGUAGCACCGCUCCGAGAUCCUCUACGCGCAAGAGGGAGCUUGAAGGGUAUAUUUGCCCAUUUCCACUCGAAGGACGGAAGCAGAACGGGCUGGACAGUAGAAUCGACAAGCUGAGAGAGAAGUAG